AUGCCGACGCACUGCCCGCCCGGCAGACAUGGACAGGAAGGUUUGGCCGGGUUGGGGGAGGUCGGUUUGCCCGUCAGAACCCUCGACGGUUUGGCGUCGAGGUGCUCCGGUGGUGUACCAAUAAAAAUUCCAGUUCUUGCCUCGCUUCAAAACUUUACCGAGGUUACUCCCAACUCCGAGGCCGCAUACAGCCUCGAAUUGAAUGCCCUAUUAGCACACGACCGUCAAUUUGCAUUUGAAAACCAAGGGCUCUAUCGAAACCGGGCUGGUCGAAAUGGAAUGGCUACAUUCCGAGGCCCUACUAAACCUCUCCCACACCCGAAAGUAGCUGCGCUUCGCCGACGCGGGAAGCGCGAUGGACGACGGAAAAACCGAACCCCACCCAGCGGAGUCGGAACGCCACCCAGACCCAGAGGAGGAGCCCAGGGAUUUCUUGGAAGACGUGGGAGGGAUGCCGCGGAUGAUGCGGACCAAAAUGCCAGGCCAACGAACAGGAUGAGGCUGGCUUGA